UUUAUGUUGCAGUUCCUUGAGCUGAGAUGAGCUAAAACAGACCUGAAUAGAUGGAGGUGCGCAUGAUUACCGAAUCCCCUUCUCCUAUUUCCACUGCUCCAAAACACAGAUGCUGAAAUUGGGAUCAGCAUAAUACUGGAGCAGAGCUUGUUAAAGGGAGUUCAAACACAUUGGUCUUUGUGAACUCAGAACCAAUGAGGGAGGAACAAUUUCAGAAUGCUGUGAAAUUUCUAUCACACCCGACGGUUAGAAGUUCCCCUGUCGCCCGCAGGCGAUCAUUUCUGGAGGAGAAGGGCCUCACCAAGGAGGAGAUAGAUGAAGCAUUUCGGCGUGUGCCUGAUUCACCUUCAAGUGUGCAGACAGCUGGUGUAAGUCAAGAGGGACAGUUGAAGGCAUCAUCAGACAUUCAGUUGCAAGGCCAACCACAGGCUUUGCAGCCGGUUGCACCAGCUUCCACUGGUGUUACUACUUCGUUGGGAAUGUUAUCACGCCGUAGUUUUCACUGGUCACAUGCCCUUAUUGCGGUUGGAUUACUAGCUGCUUCAAGUGUUGGAACGGUUAUGCUAAUUAAGAAUUUAGUUCUCCCUCGGUUAAAAUCCUGGAUACGCAAUGUUGUCCUAGAAGAGGAAUAUGACCAAUUAAAGAGACCAGGCUCAAAAUCAACAUUGGCAGAAGAAGCUGCACAGGCUGCAAAAGCAGCUGCAGCUGCAGCUGCUGACAUGGCAAAUGCAUGCCAAGAACUACUGACUUCAGAAAGUGAAGUGAAGAGAUAUUUUGUGGAAGUUGUGAGCCUUUUGGAUAAGCAAGUGCAGGAAAUGAAGUUGAUGACUAAUGAAAUAACAAGAUUGGAAGCUGCUAGUGGACUCUCUGUCUCAAGGCAAGAAGGUGUAGUCACUCAAGGAAGUUCAAAGAUACCGCAACUGAUUGUGAAUGGAAAGUCAGACUAUAAGUCCCGGUCAGUGAAAUCUUCAUCCCCCUCUGCAUCUGUUGAACCAUCCAGUGCUCCUCAUCCUAAAUCAUAUAUGGAGAUAAUGGCCAUGAUCCAAAGAGGGGAGAAGCCUUCUAACAUUAGAGAUAUUGAUGAUUCACCCCCCAACCCUUAUCAGCAACCAUCAAAGCCACGCUUAGCACCUAGAGCCAAGCCUUGGGAAGUCAGUCAGGCACUAAUCACCUCUACCCAAGUCAUUCAUUCUCAAGUAAAUGGCAAGGACUUGAAUUCCAAGGUCCAAGAGAUUGGCGACAACCAAGUACCCUGGUUGCAAACGAAGAACGUCAGAAUCAAAGAGAUUGAUAACGAAAUUGAGUAUAAUGGAUCACCUUCUGUCUCCAGUGUGCAGCCAGUUCAACGAGUAUGGGUUCCCCCUCAGCCUCCUCCCGUAGUAAUGCCAGAGGCUGCAGAAGCAAUCAGACGCCCAAAACCAGUAGUCCAAAAGGAAGUGACACCGGAUGAUCGAUCAGUACCUCAUUCUUCAGACAUGUCUAACGGAUUCAAAUCUGAAGGUGCAAUAGAAGGCAGCAGCGUCAAGCCCCUAGUCAACUCUGGAGAGAUUCAAGAUCAUGAAGUCAGUUAUGAAGAGAAAUGACGGUAGAUCUUUGCUAAUCUUCUUGAUUCAUCGUAAGUUCAUAACAAUAGAUGAAGUUGGAAAUAGAUCUUGAAUUAGUCUCAAGUUCAGGAUAAAGCCUUGAUUUAAUUCGAUUCUUAUUUCAUAGUCAUGUAUUCUGUAAUAUGAGGGUUCAAAUGUUAAUAGUCAGUGGUUACCGCGUUCCCAUCCUAAACUAUCAUUUCAGUUUCACUUUAUAGAUGCAACAUCAUGUUGAUUGUUCCUUUUUUAUUCUGCUGUUAUUUGACCAAAAUAUUAUAGACGUUUUUUAAC